AUGCCCGCGCCGCCACCAAACAAUAAGCCAACGACAACCCUCUACCGCAGCACUCCACCCGCAACCCACCGCCUUUCCCUCAUCAAACUCCUCUCCACCAUCCCGACGAUCCUCACUCUCAUCUUCCUCGCCUCCCUCCGCCACCGCCUGCGCCAGUCCCUCUUCUACACCUCCAUCUGGUACACCCACAGCCACCUGCCCUCCUUCCUCCUCGACAUCUUCAUCUGGGCGCCGCUUUUCUACGCCGUCGCCAUCUUGCAGCUUUCCGUCUUCUUCCUGAUCUCGGCCACAUGGCGGUCGCCGGAGGAGGAAAGGUGGUUUCAACUCCUUCAGACGGAGAGGCAGCGCAGGGACGAGGAUGAGCGGGCGCAGAGGGGCAGGAAGGAGAGGAGGCAGGCCUUGUUGGCGGGAGGGGGUGGUGGGUGGGGGGCCAGGGCGGAGAUGCAGCCGCUCCGGGUGCGGUGGGGGAAAGAUGUGAAGGAAGAGACGAAAGUAGCGUGGUGGGAGCAGAACAUUAUUGCCCCAAGGAAGGAGGCGGAGGAGGGAAUAAGGCUUGAGAGAGCUGGGUUGGGGGAAGCGGUGAGGUGCUUUACGUGA